UCUAUUAAUUUAUUUUUUGGUACAUAAUAACAACAUAAUAAGAACCACACAGGAUUCCGAUAUACUUUGUGAAUCUAGUGGUACUGGGCAUCCAAUUUCUCUCCUCCCGAUAAAGCAUGGCGGAGAACCCUAAUUGCACUGUAUAUGUCGGAAAUUUGGAUGAGAGAGUAUGCGAUCGUGUACUGUAUGACAUUCUAAUUCAAGCAGGGCGUGUUGUUGACUUGUACAUUCCUCGUGACAAGGAAACUGAUAAGCCUAAAGGUUUUGCCUUUGCAAAAUAUGAGACAGAAGAGAUUGCAGACUAUGCGGUGAAGCUUUUCUCUGGUUUAGUGACACUCUACAAUAGAACAUUAAAAUUUGCAAUAUCUGGGCAAGACAAGCCCUAUAAUAACUCGCCAAUUGCAACACCGCCGGCCUUAAAUAUUCCCUCUAGACCAAGGCCUCAUAAUGAUAAGGAAAUUUCACCAAAUUCCGCAAGGUUAUCAACUUCAUGUUUGUUUUCACAGCACCAAACUAGUUACGCACAAGUUCCAGUCCCCCCUGGUGUUUCAGUAAACCAGUCUAAUGGUUAUAGAUCACCUUACAGUGGAUAUAGAUCACAUUACGAUGGCAACAAUUAUGAUUACGAUCAAAGAGUAUUUGGGGCAGCUUUGGAUAGUAUAACAAGCUCUAGGUUGGGCCGAUGUGAUCCCCGUAGCCCGACCAGUUACCCUUCUUACUGAUUUUUGAUUUUCUCUGGUAGAAAGCUCUGACAUGUCUUCUGCUAAGUUAUGUAGUGUAUUGGUAUUUCGGAGAGUUUUUGCAAGGUGCUUUAGAUUUAGUUUUAUGUCACUUUGUUGUUCAUUGUUGUGAUAGUUUAUCUCUGGUUAUGUUUCUGAUGUCUGUACUCUUGGAUCUAUGUGUUACUUUUCUUCGAUCCAACUCUAUAAUAUUUAUUCUGUAGCCGUAAUUCCAUCCUUGUAUUUGAUUUUCUGAAAAUGGUGCAAAGAUUUGUAUCUUGCUUCCGCUA